CACUGCUAGAGUACGGUUACGUCCUGGAGUAGUCUCACGAUAGGAAGAAAGUGCUUCUAUAUCAGUAGUGUAGUUUCCCCUCCGUUUCACGGUUGGGUGGUUGUUCUCAGCAAAUCAACCGGUCUUUCUUUGCCGCUGAUAACCGUCUGUGAGAGUUUGAAUUUUUGAAUAUUAUGUCUAGCCUGGUGAAUGGUGAUUUUUGAAUCAAGUAGAAUUAACCGAAUGCGUCACAGUUAUGCCGACCUGAUUGCUGAAUGGCACAAAGUGGAGGGUAAUCAUACUAUCAUCUCAUAUUCUGAUUACUUUCCUAAUCGAAUUAAAGGAAGAAGUUGGAAGUGUAAAACUACGACAACGGCUUAUGGCAGAGCAGGGUCAAGAGCAAAUGCUGUGUAGAUCCAAGUUAAUCAAUUUUCUCCUAGUCAUAAAGUUGAACAGAGUGCAUGACAGUGAACUGCAGUAGUGUGUCUAUCCUUAGGAAGAGAGUAAGAAAAGUGUUAUUACAUCCCCAUCAUCAGUAGCAGCUCUACUAGCAGGACGCUAUAAAGUGUGAUUAGCUUCAAGGUCUCGUAUCUGCCACAAUCCAUCAUCAUCAGCUAAGAUCACACAGUGCUAUCGGUAAUUGAAAAGGAUAAAAAUUGUAUUGAAUUUCACCAAGUGAUAGUGCUUUUCCUAACGGGAACAACGUGGGAUACGAGAAACCAGAGGGAAUGAGCCCUUGAGUGGUUCUUGAAUUCCCCGUAUGAAAGAUUAUUCGGAUGAAUUGACACUAUUCAACGCUACCGCAUCUCAUCACAACCCCAUCCAAAUUGGCUCAAGAUGAACAACAGUAAGAUGCAAAUACGGGAGAACUUAACGAUGGACGGAAACACCAGGACGUACACUGAAAAUCGGGGUUACUUCAUCACUCGGAUGACACUUUUGACGACAGUAGCCAUAUUCAGUUGCCUGCUGGUGGGCACAGGACUGCUCAUAUAUCACUUUGCCGGUUGCCAGGAAAUACCAGUGCACGCCAGCAUAUGCGAUCAUCGUUACCACUUUACGUCCAACCUCUCCCGGUUACAUCCCGACACAACACCACUAGACGCUAGCACGGCACCGUCGACGACGAGCACGUCUUCUAGCACUACGACCACAAGUGUCACCGAAAUCAGCCAUCAAUCUACCAGCUCGUCUGAUGGCCAGCCAAAAACAGCCCAAGAAGACGAUGUACGGUUGCCAAGAUCGAUCGAACCGAUUGCGUACAACAUUCGACUAAUACCGUUCAUAUUUGAAGAUAAUUUUACAUUCACCGGUACGGUUGACAUCGUGAUACGGGUGAAGGAAGACUGUGAUAACAUAACACUGCACGCGGUGGCCCUGCAAAUCCACGAGGCACAUGUUCGACGGCAUGAGCCUGGCGCUAGUUUAGAAGACGACGAUGGCGAUAAUGGAGGUCGCAACGCGCGGCACGUUCGCACCACAAGCGAUGCAACAGGCGACAGUGGUGAUAAUCGAGAGCAAAACGAAGUGGACAAUGUUGGGGAUGCUGCUGAUGAUGAUGCCGGUGAUUCAAGGCGAAUCGAAAUAGACCGACAGUUUGUUGUGGAGAGCAAACAAUUUUAUGUGCUUAUGUUCAAGCGGAAAUUGCGCGCUGGUGAAAGAUACGUGGUGAGGAUUAAUUACGUUGGGGUGCUCAACGAUUAUCUGCAAGGAUUCUACCGUAGCUCGUAUGUUGUGCGGAAUGAAACAAGAUGGCUAGCCACAACGCAAUUCCAGCCCACGGAUGCCCGCCGAGCUUUUCCGUGCUUUGACGAACCAGCGCUGAAGGCACGCUUCAGCAUCAGCCUGGCUCGUCCUAAGAACAUGGUUUCUCUUUCCAACAUGCCAAAGCUGAAAACCUAUAAUGCACCCGAACAUGGACUGGAAGACUACGUAUGGGAUAUCUACCAGCAAUCGGUACCGAUGUCCACGUAUUUGGUGGCAUUCGUGGUUUGUGAUUUUGUUCAUCUAAGUUCCGGGAACUAUGCCGUUUGGACGCGGUCCGAUGCAAUCUCCUCUGCUCGAUACGCGUUGGACGUGGGACCUAAGAUAUUGAAAUACUUGGAACAAUUCUUCGAUAUCAAAUAUCCACUUCCAAAGAUGGACAUGAUAGCACUGCCGGAUUUCAGUGCUGGCGCGAUGGAGAACUGGGGUCUUAUCACGUAUCGAGAAACCGCUAUGCUGUAUGAGGAAAAUGUUUCUGCCAACAGUAACAAGCAGAGAGUGGCGACGAUUGUGGCACAUGAAUUGGCUCAUCAGUGGUUCGGAAAUCUUGUGACACCCACCUGGUGGACUGAUCUCUGGUUGAAUGAAGGCUUCGCCAGCUACAUGGAGUAUUUGGGCGUAGAUGCCGUGGAACCUGCGUGGAAACCCAUGGAGCAGUUUGUGGUCAACGAGUUGCACAACGUAUUUUCGUUGGAUGCGCUGUCGUCUUCGCAUCAAAUAUCGGUGAAGGUGCAUAAUCCGGAAGAGAUCAACGAAAUAUUCGACAAAAUUUCGUACGGCAAAGGGGCAGCAAUUAUUAGAAUGAUGGAUCAUUUCUUGACUAGUGAGGUGUUCAGGAGAGGUCUCACGAAAUAUUUGAAUGAGAAGAAAUAUCAGAGUUCCGAUCAGGAUGAUCUUUGGACGUUCCUGACUGCGGAAGCUAGGAACCUAAAUGUCUUUGACGAUUCAACUACCGUAAAAGAAAUUAUGGACACAUGGACAUUGCUGACCGGUUUUCCCGUUGUUACGGUAACACGCGAUUACGAGAGCAAAACCAUCGUAUUCGCUCAGGAGCGGUUUAUCUUCAUUGAGCCCAAUAAGAAUACAUCGAAAAAAAGCGAAGAGGGUCCAUUGUGGUGGAUUCCGAUCACGUUUACUACUUUGGGCGAGAGUAAUUUCAACAAUACGAAGCCAAACAUCUGGAUGCGUGCGGAGGAUAAGUUGGAUUUACAGGAUAUGGAUAUUCCGAAUCACGAUUGGAUGAUUGUUAAUAUUCAACAGACUGGCUACUACCGGGUCAACUACGACCAACGCAACUGGGGUAUGAUUGUUGACCAUCUGCUGGACAAACGAAAGCACACCACCAUUGCACCAUCCAAUCGAGCACAGUUGAUCGACGAUGCUCUCAAUUUGGCCCGGGGAGGAUAUCUUGACUAUAGCGUGGCGUUGAACGUUACUCGCUAUUUGGUCCACGAAACCGAAUAUGUUCCUUGGAAGGCCGCCAUUGGAUCGCUGAACUUCAUCGACUCAAUGCUCAUCAAAACCAGCAACUAUGACAAAUUUAAGAAAUAUUCACUGCAUUUGCUGAAACCAAUUUACGAAAAAGUUGGAUUUGAAGAUCCAAAAGACAGUCAAUUACUGACGAUCUACAAACGAGUUGAUGUGCUUACUGCUGCCUGCCAUCUGGGUUACAAGGACUGUGUCAGCAAAUGUGUCCAAAAGUUUUACGAGUGGAUGCAUCAGCCCAAUCCAGACAUCAAUAAUCCAGUAUCUCCCAAUUUGAAAAACAUCGUCUACUGCACGGCAAUCAAGUAUGGUGACCAGGCCGAAUGGGAAUACGCUUGGAAACGGUUCCAGAAGACGACGAUUCCCAGCGAAAAGGAAACACUGCUGUCCGCCUUGGGAUGCUCGAGGGAAACAUGGAUCCUUACGCGCUUUCUCGAGUAUUCAAUGACGGAUGAGUUCGGUAUUCGCAAGCAGGACGUAUUCCGAGUUUUCCUAGCGGUGUCAAACAACGUAAUUGGCCAACCGAUUGCGUUCAGCUACAUUCGUAACAAUUGGAAAAAGAUGAAAGAUUACCUGGGAACAUCGAUGUCCAAUUUGAAUAUGAUCCUGAUGUACUCAACGAAACGCAUAAACACAAGAUAUGAACUUGAUGAGCUGAAGGAGUUUGCCCAAACUCACGUGAAGGAUACGGGACGAACCAUUCAGCAAGCCAUUGAACGGGCCCAGGCAAACAUCGUAUGGAUGGACAUGAAUGCCGAUACCAUCAUUGAGUGGUUGAGCGAAGUUCAGUACGAUCCCGAAGAUGAUAUGUAAGGCGAGUGUUUGUUUU